AGCCAUUUUCCUUAUGGAAAACAGUAUGGCAUAUUCUGCUGGGCGUUAGUUGCCCUGGAAGAGGCAUUUUUUAAAUCUCUAUUCAGAGAAGAGAGGAGCGAUGGGCAUGUUCGCGUACAAUGAUUAGAGCCAAGCACCGCCGGCAGGCUGAGGACGGCUGUCCCCACCGGCUGAGCUGAGAAACUGGAAUGCAGCAGCGAGAUAAUGCUGCACGUCUGCUAUCAGGCAGCAGAAAAGGGUUUUGUCUUGGGAAGGCAAGCCUUCGCUGCAACAUUAUCUCCGCAGCUCUCUAGCUGCUUAGGCUGAAAACUAGUGACCCGCGAGGAGGGUGUCAGCGUCUGGAAGCACACACAGGGGUGCUGUGCGCGGCUGCUGCCUGUGAGGGGCAGGGCUGGAGACGCAGAUUGUUGGCUCGGGGAGCAUCUGCCCGCACGCUGAGGCCGCGGCGGAGAAGGAGGUCCCUGGGUGCCACUGGACUGACCGAGACACUUGGAUUGGACUUAAUCUGAAAUCUCUGGAGUUCAAGACCUUUUGAAAAGGGCUAAAUAAACAAUCUCUACAUGUAAAGGCCACUGACUCCGACUUCCCUUGUUCAGAGCCACUGUUGAGCCCGGCUAGCUGCCUGGAGGAAAACUGAAGACUUUACUAACAAACCCUCCAAGGUCAAAAUGAACACAGAUAGCGGUGGGUGUGCUCGCAAACGUGCCGCCAUGUCUGUCACAUUAACAUCCGUGAAGAGGGUUCAGAGUUCUCCAAACCUGUUGGCCGCAGGGCGCGAUUCUCAGUCACCAGACGCAGCUUGGAGAUCUUACAAUGCUCAAAGUCGCGAGACACUGAACGGAGACGCUCGAUAUUCCUCUCUUGCAGCAAAAGGCUUUAGAAGCGUCCGGCCAAAUCUACAGGAAAAAAGAUCGCCAACUCAGAGCCAGAUAACGGUGAAUGGAAGCUCUGGAGGGGCCGUGAGUCCGAUGAGUUACUACCAAAGGCCGUUCUCGCCCUCAGCCUACUCUCUGCCGGGCUCGCUCAACUCCAGCAUUAUCAUGCCGCAUGGCCGGUCACUCGACUCCGCAGAGGCGUACCCCCAGCACGCGCAGUCGCUGGACGGCUCCCUGGGCGGCUCCAUACCGCUGUACAGGUCCUCGGAGGAAGAGAAGAGGGUGACCGUCAUCAAGGCGCCGCAUUACCCAGGGAUCGGGCCGGUGGAUGAGUCCGGAAUCCCCACGGCGAUUAGAACGACAGUGGACAGGCCGAAGGACUGGUACAAGACGAUGUUUAAGCAGAUCCACAUGGUGCACAAGCCAGAUGAUGACACAGACAUGUAUAAUACUCCUUAUACCUAUAAUGCAGGCCUGUACAACUCGCCCUACAGUGCUCAGGCACAUCCGGCCGCGAAGACCCAGACCUACAGGCCCCUCUCCAAAAGCCACUCGGACAACGGCGCCGCCGACACCCUGAAGGACGCGGCCGCCCCCGCCCCCGCCCCGCCCCCACAGGUUCCCCCUCCAGUCCCACCGCUGCGGCCAAGAGAUCGGUCUUCAACAGAAAAACAUGACUGGGACCCUCCCGACAGAAAAGUCGACACAAGACGAUUUCGGUCCGAGCCGAGAAGUAUUUUUGAAUACGAACCCGGGAAAUCUUCGAUUCUGCAGCACGAAAGACCACCCCCUCUCCCUACAACUCCGACACCUGUUCCAAGGGACCCCGGCCGGAAGCCUAGUUCUAUGUCACCACACGGAGAAGUCGCUGGUAGCCCCUCCCCUCCGCCCAGGAGCGGGCUCCCCACACCAGGCCCGAGCACCCCGGCUCUCUCUCCCAUCUGGCCUGACCGCGUCCGUCCAGAUGACAUAGAUUUAGAAAAUGAGCCCUGGUAUAAAUUCUUUUCAGAACUGGAGUUUGGACGCCCGCCUCCUAAAAAGGCUCUGGACUAUGUGCAAGAUCAUUCUUCUGGUGUUUCCAACGAGGCCUCCUUGUAUCAAUCCUCUAUAGACAGGAGCCUGGAAAGACCCAGUAGCUCUGCCAGCCUGGCCAGCGACUUCAGGAAACGGAGGAAGAGUGAGCCCGCCGUGGGGCAGCCGCGGGGCCUGGGGGACCCGAGGGCGAGCCGGACCAGCCCGGUGCGGGCGGACCUCCCGGGAUCCAGCGCCACCCUGUCGCAGCCUUUCAUCAGUUCUUCCCCUUCCUCCCCAUCCAGAGCAAAAGGUGGGGAUGAUAGCAAAAUGUGUCCGUCCCUUUGCAGUUCCUCAGGGCUCCCCAGUAGCGCCUCGCAGGAGGCGGAGGACUGUAACGCCCACGGGCAGCACCUGCACGUCCCGCGGGACCCGCAGCGGGCCGCCGCCUUCAAAAACGGCUGGCAGAUGGCCCGGCAAAACGCAGAGGUCUGGAGCAGCACGGAGGAGACGGUUUCCCCCAAAAUCAAGUCCCGCAGCUGCGAUGACCUCCUCACCGACGGCUGCGACAGCUUCCCGGACCCGCAAACCAAGUCGGAGAGCCUGGGCUCGCUGCUGUGCGAGGAGGACGCCGCGGGCGGCUGCCCCGGCCCGUGGGCGGCCGCCUACCUCCCGGAGGGCCGCGCCGGCGACGGCCGAGCCCGGCUGCGCCACCACCGGUCGGCCCACGACGCCCCGGGCUUCCUCAAAAUGUACAAGAAAAUGCACCGCAUCAACCGCCAGGACUUGAUGACCUCCGAGGUGAUCUGCUCCGUGCAGUCGAGGAUCCUGCAGUACGAGAACGAGCCGCCGAGCCGGGGCCUGCUGCACGCGUGGGGCCAGUGCUCCGCCGAGGAGGUGCCCAGGGACAUGGUGCCCACGCGCAUCUCCGAGUUCGAGAAGCUGAUCCAGAAGUCCAAGUCCAUGCCCAACUUAGGGGACGAGACGCUGUCCCCCGCGAUCCUGGAGCCGCAGCACAACGGGCUGCGCCCCAACAGGCGGUUUUCCAUCGAGUCCCUGCUGGAGGAGGAACACCCGAGCCGGCGCCAGCGCCAGGCGCCGCCGGGCCUCCAGCCGCAGGCCCUGGUGCCCAUCCACAUCGAAGUCACCAGCGACGAGCACCCGAGGCCGCGCGUGGAGUUCUCCGACAGCGACCAGGACGGCAUGGUGUCGGACCACAGCGACUGCGUGCUCGUGGAAGGGUCGUCCUUUUGCAGUGAGAGCGACUUCGACCACUUCUCUUUCACGUCCUCCGACAGCUUCUACGGGUCCGGCCGCCACCAGCACCACCACCACCACCACCACCACCACCGGCACCUGGUCAGCUCCUGCAAGGGCCGGUGCCCCGCCUCCUACACCCGGUUCACCACGAUGCGAAAGCACGAAAGGGCUAGACACGGGACCGCGGAGGAGCCCCGACGGCAAGAGCUGGACCCCGGCCUCUCCAAACUGGCCUUCCUGGUCAGCCCCGUGCCUUUCCGGAGGAAAAGAAACUCGACUCCCAAAAAACAGCCUGAGAAGGCCAGGUGUAAAAAGUCUGUGUUUGAGGCCCUGGACUCUGCCCUGAAGGACAUCUGUGACCAAAUUAAAGCUGAAAAGAGACGGGGGAGUCUGCCGGACAACAGUAUACUGCACCGCCUGAUCAGCGAGCUGAUGCCCGACGUCCCCGAAAGGAACUCGUCCCUCGCGGCUCUAAGGAGGAGCCCCAGGCACCAGCCUUUCCACCCGCCGCCUCCAGAGGGCGCUACUCCCUGUCCGUGGUACCUGAAUGACUGUGGGAGAAUGCCUCACAGCGCCUCUCUGCAGGACAUGGACCCCAAUAACAACUACCACCUCCAGGGCCACGACAGGGCCCUGAGUCUCCAAGACCGCGAGUCCCCUAGAAGUUACUCAUCCACUUUAACUGACCUGGGGAGAAGUGCACCAAGGGAAAGAAGAGGAACUCCAGAAAAAGAGAAACUGCCUGCAAAAGCUGUUUAUGAUUUUAAGGCUCAGACAUCUAAGGAGCUGUCGUUUAAGAAAGGAGAUACGGUCUACAUCCUCAGGAAAAUCGACCAGAAUUGGUACGAGGGGGAGCACCACGGGAGAGUGGGCAUUUUCCCAAUCUCAUACGUAGAGAAACUCACACCUCCUGAAAAAGCACAGCCCGCAAGACCACCGCCCCCGGCCCAGCUUGGAGAAAUCGGAGAAGCUAUCGCCAAAUACAAUUUCAACGCGGACACAAACGUGGAGCUCUCACUGAGAAAGGGAGAUAGAGUUAUUCUUCUCAAAAGAGUUGAUCAAAACUGGUAUGAAGGUAAAAUUCCAGGAACCAACAGACAAGGCAUCUUCCCUGUUUCCUAUGUAGAAGUCGUCAAGAGGAAUACCGGCAAAGGUGCCGAGGACUACCCCGACCCCCCCAUACCCCACAGCUACUCAAGCGAUAGAAUCCACAGCCUAAGUUCAAACAAGCCGCAGCGUCCUGUGUUUGCUCACGAGAACAUUCAAGGUGGGGGGGAACCGUUCCAGGCUCUGUACAACUACACUCCGAGGAACGAGGAUGAGCUGGAGCUCAGAGAAAGCGACGUCAUCGACGUGAUGGAAAAAUGUGACGAUGGAUGGUUUGUGGGAACCUCAAGAAGAACCAAAUUCUUCGGUACCUUCCCCGGGAACUAUGUCAAGAGGCUGUGAACCACCCUCCCUCCUACCGAAGCCACGGUUCAGCACCACAUCCGCGUAACCCACCCUCCAAGGCCCCCGCGGGCCUCCCGCUGUCAUGCCUUACGGUUUCCAGUAGAAGUCACCCACCGUCACCAUCCCCACCUGCCACCCGACCACCAGCAAAGUAACUGCCAGCGCCGAGCCGUGGGGGAGACUGGCAGGCUGGUUCCGCGUGAAAGUGCAUUCCUCCACUUCCUGCUCUGGACUGAGAAGUCUGGGUGAUGGGGUCCGAAAGGAGAUCCUGACACUUGAAAGGGGUUAACGAUCUGAGGCAGAAGAGGAGAGUGUCUUGAGGAGGCUCCCUGGCCCACUUCGGAGAACGUUUCUCCCAUCAGGUGGCCCGCAGAGGGUUUAUUACCAAACACCACGGUGUGCAUUUUCACACUCUUAGCUUGGCAGUGUAUUUCCCUUUUCACGAGUUUGCCUAGUGUCCUCGUUUACACGACAUGACAACUGUACUUCAGCUAUCGUUUGCCUGCACUUCUAUGUUGUAAUAUGCACAGUGAUCACAAAGUCUAAAGCAAGGGUAGGAAAGGUCAUUCGGAUGAGUGAGGUUUUUGCUGACUGAAUGUGAGUUUUCAAUAGCAGUCUUUCCCUGCGAUUCUUUUGUACUUUUUAGAAGUGCAAACAGUAAGUGAAUAAGAGCUUUUGGUAAUAAUCAUGAGACUAUAAGAAGUUUAGCUAGACUACAAAAAAAAAUAUUGUGUUGUAAAGUUGCAUUGCUAUUUUAUAUUAAAAUGUAAUAAUCAGCAUCAUGAACAAUGAGCUCUUAGUGUUUUAUUUAUCGGAUAAAAUUGAAAUAAAAGCAGUGUUAGUGAGAGGUGCAAAAAGUUAUUCUAACAUAGACACUUGAAAGUAUCUGUAAGCAAUAUUCAUAGUUGAGAGUUCACUGUGUGCGCGCACACGCGUUUGCGAUUGUAUGAGCACAGACAAUCCCUGUGAUGUGUCGUACAGUUUAUGGAAACGUAAAAGAACCCCACACUUUAUUUUAUAGAAAUAGAGUACUUUAGAAGCAUCACGAGUAUUAAGGCUGGUUUUAGCAAGGGUUAUGAUCAAUACAAUUAUUUUUACUAUGAUAAUUAUUUUUCUUCUGUGGAACUCAGAAUCCUGGCUACAUUGGAGGACAGGAAUAUGCUGAGCCGGAUUUUCCUGGUGUGUGUACAAUAUUUCCUGGGGAUUCGUUAGGCACUUUCAAGAGGCAGUGUUAAAUCCUUCAGGUUACAUUUUCUGCCCUGAAGCAGAAACCGACACAAUGAUGCGGGGUCCUGAAGGGUUUGACGCGGUUCACAGUGCCUGGGUCACACACACCCUGAGAACCAGCUUUGUAUUUCUUAUGACUUUGCAUAAGAACUCUUCAUAUUUGGAUCUUGAGCACCUUAUAGAUAAAACUUUUUAUGAUAUUUCUUCUGUGGACAGUGAUGGAUCUUUUCACAAUGUGCGUAGACUCUACAGUUUUGUACAUAUGUUUGUGCUUUUUUUUUGUACAGACUAUUUAGUUGUUGAGAAAACAAGGGAAUUUCCUAAUUUGCUCUUCAUCCUUCCCUUCAACCGAGCUAAAGACUGUCUUUUACCAAUCCCACAGAUCAUAAGCACGCCUUGAUAUUGUGAUUCUGUAAGACAGCGUUUAUGCAAAAGUUCAUGAACUUCAAAGAUCUUAGCAGCCAAACUGAAAUGGACGUUAAUAUCCAGUACAGAGGAAUUUCAGUAGGAAAAAGGUAAAGAACAUCUUUGAGUAGCCUACCUUGAAUACUGUCAAGUUCACAACCAGCUUUCUAUUUUAAAGGCCUUUGGUUUGAAAUUAGGUCAGCUGCAUGCAGCUUUGCUGAUAAAUGAGUAAUUAUCUUCCAUGCCAUUUAUGGGAAAAGACUUCAAUAUCUGUUGCCUGUCAUAUUUAAGAAAAAUUACUGUUUCUACUCUCUGUAUCUGAUUUUAAAAAGAAAAAUAUUCAUACCUGGCUUUCAGGUAAUUGACUUUGAAUUCUUACAAGCAAAGGUCAUUGUGUUUUUCUUGAAUAGACAUCUAAUAAAUUUUGCUUGGAAGUAUA